GAGCUCAUCAGGCUCAGACCUGCAAGGUGCAGCACACAGCUGAGAAUAAAGCACAAAAGAGAGACUUGAUUAAAGAAAGCGGCAAUGGACCUGAUCCCAAACUUUUCCACGGAAACCUGGAUACUCCUGGUUACCAGCAUGGUGCUCCUCUACCUAUACGGAACCUAUACACAUGGAACUUUUAAGAAUUUGGGGAUUUCUGGACCCAAACCACUGCCUUUCGUGGGAAAUAUUCUUGCAUACCGAAAUGGAUUUUGGGAGUUUGACAGAGAAUGCCAUAAAAAAUACGGGAAAAUAUGGGGGUUUUAUGAGGGCCGACAGCCUGUGUUGGCUAUCAUGGAUCCAGACAUAAUCAAAACAGUGCUGGUGAAGGAAUGUUAUUCUACUUUCACAAACCGUCGGGUAUUAGGUCCAGCGGGGUAUUUGAAAAAAGCAAUCACCUUAUCUCAGAAUGAAGAAUGGAAGAGAUUAAGAACAUUGCUGUCUCCAACCUUCACCAGUGGAAAGCUCAAGGAGAUGUUCCCCAUCAUUAACCAGUAUACAGACUUGUUAGUGAGAAACAUGAGGCAUGGAGCAGAGAAUGGGGAUCCCAUCAUCAUGAAAGACGUCUUUGGGGCCUACAGCAUGGAUGUGAUCACCGGCACAUCAUUCGGAGUAAACGUCGAUUCCCUCAACAACCCACAAAAUCCCUUUGUACAAAAAGUGAAGAAGCUCUUAAAACUUAAUUUCUUUGAUCCAUUGUUCCUCUCAGUGAUAAUCUUUCCAUUCCUUAUCCCAGUAUUUGAUGCACUCAACAUGAGCUUCUUUCCAAAUGACGUCAUGAGCUUUUUUAAAACUUCUGUAAAACAAAUGAAAGAGACUCGCAUGCAAGAUAAAGAAAAGCAAAGAUUGGAUUUUCUUCAACUAAUGAUCAACUCCCAGAAUUCCAAAGACAAAGAGUCUCAUCAAGGUUUAUCUGAUCUUGAGAUUGUGGCCCAAUCUGUUUUCUUUAUUUUUGCUGGCUAUGAGACCACUAGCAGUACUCUUUGCUUUGCUAUGUAUUUGCUUGCCACUCACCCUGAUGUCCAGAAGAAACUUCAAGAUAAAAUUGAUGUUGCUCUACCCAAUAAGGCACCUGUCACCUAUGAUGCCCUGGUAGAGAUGGAGUAUUUGGACAUGGUGGUGAAUGAAACUCUCAGAUUAUAUCCAGUUGGUGGAAGACUCGAGAGAGUCUGUAAGAAAGAUGUUGAAGUCAAUGGGGUGCUCAUUCCCAAAGGGACUGUGGUGAUGGUACCAACCUUUGCUCUUCACAGAGACCCAAAGUGCUGGCCGGAGCCUGAGGAGUUCCGCCCUGAAAGGUUCAGCAAGAAGAACCAGGACAGAAUCGAUCCCUACACAUACCAGCCCUUUGGGAGUGGCCCCAGGAACUGCAUUGGCAUGAGGUUUGCGCUCCUGAAUGUGAAAAUCGCUCUGGUCAGAGUCCUGCAGAACUUCUCCUUCCAACCUUGUGAGCAAACUCAGAUCCCUUUAAAACUGCAAAAGAAAGGAUUUUUUCAGCCAGAAAAACCCAUCAUUCUAAGGGCUGUAUCAAGGGAUGGAACCGUAAGUGGAGCGUGACAUGAAGCCCAUUAGGAGUCUGUGUCCCGUGACGCCAGAAGCCAAUUGAUUUGGUGAAGAAAAUGCAGAAAUCAAGAUGGCAUUGAUUGUCUUCAUGUAUGGGAGUCUCUGGGAAAUCAUCAAACUGCUCUUUCUCCUCUAUCCACCAAAGUUCAAAAAUCAUUUCCCAAAUUAGAUAAAAGCAAGAGUAUUUGUGUGUA